AUGGCAGCUGAAGACAGAGGCUUCAACCUAGAGAGGUACAAAUCCUUGAGGAGAUUGGACCUUGGUCUGAAUACUCUCGAUGGUGCCAUUGAAGAUUUGCACCUCCAUGAUUCCUCAGACGAUGAUGACGAUUUGGAAAAGACUUCUGGCACGGCUGCGGAAACCACUAUGGAUACCAUGGAUACAACCUCUGAAACAAAUAUCUCGACAUUAGAACCUCUGAGAAGGGGUUCGAUGACAACUGAUGGCAGAGGAACUCGGCUCUCCUUCAUGCGGAGGGGGUCAUUAUUGAACCUGGCAAGUGGGUUGGGUGACAUGGAAGACGAGAUUGAUCACAUUCGAGAAAGCGCUAGUGGCGCAGCACCCUUCAGCGCACGCGACUCCUUCUUUGAGAGUGGAAACUUUGACGACCUCGAUGACCUUCAGGCGGAGCUAGCAAUGGCUGACCAGCAAUAUGAGACAAUGCUAGAUCCUUCUAUGGUAGACGACGCCAGUGAAAUUACAAAUGAUUCCUCCUCCUACCAUCACCUACAAGGAAUAAUCUCUCCUGUUGGACGAAAGAAGUCCCACUCACCACGAAGGUCCCAUUCUCCCACAGGUUUCAUGGAUAACAGCAGUUCUGACAAGAGCGUCUUUUCAUGGAAAGACACGUUGGAAGACAUUCAUGAAGCUGACGAACAUACAGUGGGCACCGAAGACUCCGACACUGUCAAGCUGAAGAAUGAUGCGUUCACAAUGGAACGACAGCAAAAAGAAGGAUCUCUUCGUCGCGUCCGGCUGGAACGUUCCGCCUUGGAGAAACGAUUGUCCUUUCGUCUCAAAAAGUUGGCAGACAUGGAAUCCAAUCAAUCCGAGAAGUUGAUGAGCGACGAAGCCAGGCGACAAGAACUCGAACAAGAACUGCAAGAGGUCCGAAGUGUCAGUGCCGACAUGACUGUACAGCACGCCAAUAUCAUGCAAGAACAUAAGGAGGCGAAGCUUGUCCUGGAGAAGCAAGUGAGGGAUCUCAAGGAAAAACAUAAUGCGGAGAAAAGACAGCUGCUUCAGCAAGCCGCAUCCUUGGAAGUCAAAUUCUCCAGCCAACAAGAAGUAUUGACGAGUUUAGAAGUUGAGCAUCAGAAUGCCUUGAUGGAAAAGCAGGAUGAACUGAACAUGUUGCAGCAACAAAUGGACGAAGUCAAGAGAGCCAACUCACAAAACCUAGAAAAGAUUUCCGAGCAGACAAAAUCUCUCUCCAAGGAACUCAGAUCCAAGCGAAAAGCUAUCGAUGAACUUGAAGCCCAGCAUAAGGAAGAUACAAGUCUGCUGCAAGAAUUGAGCAAUAGUCUUCAGGAGCAGAGCACCGCCAUUGCCAAUUGGGAAGAAGUCGGCGACGGUCUCAACAAGGAAAAGGAAGAACUGUCCGAGUCAUUGAAUAUUCAACAGCAGCGUAUGGAAGAGAGUGAGGCCAAGUACAAGGCAGAUCUCGAUGAAAAGAAGGCUAAAAUUGGCAGCCUCGAGGAGAAAAUCCAGAGCCUGGAAACGGAGCAAUCUGAAAAGCUAAAGGAAUUCGUGCUCCGAUCGAAAACUCAAAACGAAGAAAUGGAAGGUCAUCAAGAAGCAAUUAAAUUACUUGAAAAGAAGCACCAAGAAGCAAUUACUAGAAAGGAAGAGAAUAUUCGUUCGCUGACCGCUGAACUCAAGCGUUUGCAAGAUGACUUUGGUCUUCAAAACACUGCCUCCGAGAACGACAAGACAUGGAUGAAGCGUCAAUUGGACGAGAUUCAACAAGAAUUAGAUGCUACCAGACAAGACCAAAAUGGCAAUAUCAAGCAAGAAGAAUUGAAGUUGAAAAAAGAAUUGGAAGAGAAACUAGCUAAUCGGGACAGCGAAAUUUCUAAAGCAAGAGACCAGAUCAAGCUGUUGUCCCAAGAGCUUUUAUCAAGCAGGGAAGCCAUGACGGAACUAGAAUCAAAACACAAGGAAGCAAUAUUUCAACUGGAGUCGGAUUGCCAAGCCUUGGCUGCAAAAAUGGAAGAACAGCAGGCCCUUCAUGCGACUUCCGCGAAGGAAUUCGACGAACAAAAGCGUGACCUGAUCGCCAAGUCUGUUUCUCAAUACCAAGAAAUCCAAAACUUGAAAGACAGGCACGACAAGAAUAUUCAAGAGUACGAGACAGAGAAGGAUUCUUUAUCGAAUGAGCUGGUGAACAAGGUGGCCCAAGUCGCCAAGAUUGAACAGGCGCUGGAUUCUGCGAAGCAACAGCAAGAAGAAGAAGUCAAGACACUGAAAGAAGCCGAGCGCUUGUUGAAGAAAGUUAUGGAAGAUAAGAUCGCAGAUCAAGACAAUAAGAUCGAACAGGCAAAGGAAGAGCAUGAGCGAUUAUCCCAAGAAGUGCAGCAGAGUAAGGAGACGCUGAAGGAAACCAAAGCGCAGCACGACACCGAGCUUCAGCGACGAGAGUCAGAGACGGCGGCGUUAACCAAACAACUGGUUGAGCUUCAAGAAAAUCAUAGCUCCACAAUCAGAGGUAUUGAAGAUCAAAAGGCGCAGUUAGAGAAGAAGUACACAGUUCUCAGCGGUCUUAUGAAAGAGAUGAAGAGCCAGCACGAAAAGGCAACGGAAGAACACCAAGUGAGUUUAAGAUUCUUGGAGGAAGAGCUCAACAGCAAAGUGCUCAAGAUCAGGGAAUUUGAGAACAUGCUUGAGUCUACAAAACAACUUCAUUCUGAAGAGAUCACUUCGCUCAGGGAAGCAGAGGAAUCGCUGAAGAAAAGCUUGGAAGAUAAACUUGCGGCUACAGAAACCGAGAUCGGAAAAGCUCGAAGUGAAAACAAGCUGAUAUCUGCAGAAGUUUUAUCGAAGGAGGAGAGUUUGACGAUAAUGCAGGUUCAGCUUGAAGAAAACCAACGACAGCAUGAAGUGAAGAUGGCUAGCAUCGAGUCGAAAUUGGAGGCGCUUGAAGAAGCAAAGUCGAACAUGCUUAAGGAAAUGGAGACCGAGAAGAAAAUGCUGGCAAACGAAUUGGCUGAUCAAGAAGAAAAGAUGCUACAGUUGGAAUCGAAACAGGACGAUAGCAUGCGGGACCAAGAAGCGAAGAAACUAUCACUGGAGGAAGACAUUGCUUCCAAAACUUUGGAGAUUGUAGAGCUUUGCAAAAAGGCAAAUUCGGCUAAGCAAGAACACGAAGCAGAAGUCAGUGCCUUGCUCGAAGAACAGGAGGUGCUAACCAAGACCAUGAAAGACGAGCUUAAGAUUCGGGAUAAAAGGAUCGCUAAAAUCCAGGAUGAAUUAAAGAUUGCUUCUGAAGAAGCCGCAUCUAGCAAGGAAAUGCUGAAAGAGUUACAGUCGAAACACGAAGAUGGUGUCCGUCGAUACGAAAAAGAGAAAUGUGAUUUCUGCGACAAGCUACAGCACCUUGAAUCAUCAAGGGGGGAAAUGGAGAUUCGCUUCGAAGGAGAAAAAGAAAAGCUGAUCGAAGAUUCUGCUGCUCAGACGGCCGAGAUCAAGAGGCUCAAGGAUCUCCAUGCAAGAGAUAGCGAAAAACAAGACCGAAAACGAGAAGUCUUGGGCAAGGAGCUGGAGACCAAAUCGCUGGAGAUCCGUGAAAUGAAGCAUGGAAUACUCGCUGCAAAGGAAGAAGCUACUAAGUACAAGCAAGAAACGGAAUCCCUACGAAGGAGUAUCGAAGCCAAUCUUGCUGAUCGAGAUAGCGAGAUUGGAAGGGCAAGUGAAGAAGCCAAGCUUCUCUCACAAGAUCUGUCAUCGAAUAAGGAGGCAAUGAGACAGCUUCAGGCAACACACGAUGCUACCCUACAGGAAAUUGAGACCGAACGACGAGAGUUAUCAAAGAGAAUAAAAGAGAUCCAUACGCUCCACACAGCUGCUGUGCAGAAAUUCGAGGAAGAAAAGCGGGAGCUGGUCGAAGGGUCUGUUGCCCAAUUUGAAGAAAUACGAGAGCUAAGCAAGCAGCGUCAGAAAGAUAUGGAAGGUCACGAACUGCAAAAAUCAACUAUGGAAAAGGAGAUCAAGAGCCAAAUGGCACGAAUCGAAGAGGUGGAACAGGCACUUGAUUCCGCAAAGCAACGGCAUCAGGAGGAGAUGAAGCUACUGAAGGAAAAACAAUUGUCCCACAAGCAAAGUAUAGAAAACGAAUUCGCAAGUAAAAACGCCGCGAUUAAGGAUACAAAGAAAAAAUUGCAGCUGGUAACGGAAGAGCUUGAACAAGAAAAGGAUAGAGUAAGGGAACUGCUUGACAAUCAUGAGGAAGACCUGCGCCGACUCAAAGGGGAAAAGAAAGAAUUAGCCAAGGAGUUGCAGGCAGUCCAAGCAGGUCGGGUAGAAACAGCAAAAGAAUUUGAAAAGGAGAAAGGAAGCUUUAAAAUGCAAUCUACCAAGCGGGAGCUAGAAAUGGCGGACUGGAAAAAAGAUCAUGCUAAGGAGAGCAAAGAGUACAAGGCGCAGAAGUUUUUGUUAGAAAAACAACUAACGGAUAAACAGCAAGAAAUUGCGGAGUUGCAACAUGCAAUCGAGACCGCAAAAGAGGAACACAAACAAGACCGAGCGGACUUGGAAGCAUCGAAAUACUUGUUGCAAAAAAUCAUGAAGGACGAGCUCGCCAAUCGGGACGGCGAGAUCCAACAAAUAAGGAGCGAUCUCGAAUCGGUAUCACAAGAACUCCAUCAGAACAAAAAGGCUAUGAAACAGUUGCGUUCGAAGCACGAAGAGGAGUUAAGGAAGCAUGAGACGACAAAGCAGUCCUUAUCGGACAGAAUUCGAGAUUUGGAAAGCAAGCAGACGGAGUCUGAAAAGGAUUUCUCAUCGCAGAAAAAGAAACUUGUCGAAAAGUGCAAGACUCUUGUGAAGAAAUCCGAAGCAAUGAAGGGCAAACAUGAGAAGAAUCUCGAAGAGGAACAAGCGAAGAAAUUGUCGCUGGAAAAGAAGCUUGAUGCCAAGGUCGCGCAAAUGAAAAAAGCAGAGGAGUCACUUGAAUCUGCACGCCAGCAGUACAAAGACGAGAUCCUAACCAUGGGCAAAGGCGAGCAAUCACUCAAGAAAAGCAUGGAAGACCAGCUGGCGAAUCGAGACAACGAGAUUGAAAGAUUUCGAAGCGAACAUAAGGCUGUAUCUGACGAGCUUUCUGCUUCGAAGAAAUCUUUGGAUCAGUUGAAAGUUCAGCGGGACAACGACUUGAAGCAACAAGAAGCCGAGAAAAAUGAUCUUGCUGCAAAGGUCCGAUUGUUGGAAAUUGCCAAAUCGACAUUGGCGGAGGAAUACGAGGCGCAGAAGAGACAGUUGGUAGAUUUUUCUGAUGCUCAGCAUAAAGCAAUCAGAGAAUUGAAGGAGAUUCACAAAAAGGAGAAGCAAGAGCUCAUUGGACAAAAGACUGCUUUGAAGAAGGAAGUGGCGAAGCGAAAGAAAGACUUUAAAACACUGAAGCAGGAUUCCGUCCGACUGUUGGAAGUCCAAGAGCUCGAAAAGUCUUCUAAAUCAAAAAGAAUUGCCAUGAGAUUCGUUCUAUUGUUCCUCCUUCUGGCCCUCUUCUACUUUCUCUUUGCGUCGCACGAUCCGUCUGCUGAUGUGGGUGGCGAACCGUCCUUCAAACUGCAAACCAAUAAAUUCCAAAAGGAAAAGUUGGAACUGGAAGCCAGGAUCCUCAGCACCGAACGAUCGUACUACGAGCUUAAGUCAAGCCUAUCAGAAUCGAAAGAAGAAUCUAUGAAGUACAAGAAACGUGCAGAUAUGCUUGACAGUCAAGUCGAUAGACUCAAGUUUGAAAUGGAAUCACUGAGACGAAGCCAAGGCUUCGAACGAAAUGCUUCCACUGGCCGGACUGGAGAACGUCCAGCCCUCUCACCUUUUAGCAAUGAAGGUACUGUGGGUGGGACCAAUCAAAGGGUAGCAAUCAAGCCAAUACGCCAACUUUAUCAGAACAUCAAAGAUCGCACUUCCUCGAUUGCUCGACAUACGAAACGAAAGGCCGGAAACAUUGUGAAAGCGGAACGAGCAAGGAUUCGUAGUGAAGAGAGUGCUUGGUUACUCCUCCUAUAG